AGCUGCAGCAGGGGAGUGUUCAAGGAAUGACUGGAUGUUGUGUAGAGGGACAUGGUGUAAAGGUGAUAACAGAGGAUAGUUUGAAGGUGGCUAAUAUAAAGAUAUUGACCAAGAUGGUGAUAAAUAGUCAAAGGCUAUUAGUAAAGAAAACUCACUAAUGACAAUGCCUGAACCAGAUAGCUGAGGCAGUCACCACUGGAGAGCAAUCUCCAAGAGAUGCUGACUCAGUGGUGGUCAGCCCUUAAAUGAGGUCUCAGAGGGGGUGGAGUCGAAGUCCACCCCUUCCCGGAGCACAGCUAGAUCACUCUCACCUGUGCUCCCACAGCUGACCCAACACUUGCCUCAGCUGAUUAAUCAGUGAUUCAAGCUGUGAUUUCCCAUACACAUGUUUUAGUGGGAGCUGUUGGUUAUAGGUGAACAAUAGGAUUGGAUGAUCUUUUAGGUGUUCAUUUGUUGCCAAAGCUCCAAUUUUAUGCACUUUUUGAUUAUACUCAAGUUAUGUCCAUAACUCCUCCCAUCCCCAUGCUGGGGGCUACUGCCAGCCUACUUCCAUAUGGGCUGUGGGGCUGUGACCUCACAGAGUUAUCCCCACCUGCCAGACUGUGACCUCAUGGCUCUGCCCAUGUAAACCAGCAGCCAGCACCUGGUCCCUCCCAGUGUGGUCGUGGCCAGCUUUGAGCAAUGGCUGUCGAUAGCUUUCUCCUUAUCUCCAGCCUCCUUCUGGUGGCUGGGGUGACUCUGCUCACCACUUCCUGGCGCCAGCAGGUUUCUGACCGGUGCCGGCAAUGGUGGGGAUGGUGUCAGCAAGUGUUAGCACUGAUGUCAGGUGCUGAGAGUCAGGCAGGCAGGCACAGGAGCCCCCUGUGCAGGCCACGUGGCUCCUGGCAGCAAGGGUCACGAAAGCAGGGCAGUACCAUCGUGCCCCAUCUGAUCCAGCCAGGAACGACCCAGCCUUGGUUGCAGCCCAGUCUGUGCCCUUCUCUUCACAUGGGCUCUGACACUGGUACCAUGAGCUCCAUGGGGAAACCCGGCAGGCCUCCCAGACUGGACCAGCACCUGCAGGUUCUGGUGGCACAUGGAACCCCCAGGAGUCUCCAUCAGCGUUCAAGGCCACGCAGUGGAGUUAAAGACCUGCCACCUGAGAUCUCCAACUACGCAAAGCCACCAGUGAAGGGGAUGAUCUUUCAGGAGGGCCUCAUUCAAACAGAAGAGAGAAAACGCUGGUGGGAAUACAAGACCAAGAGGCGUGUUUGGCCUAUGCGCCCCCCCGUGCUUCCCAAAGGGCACAAGGAAGCAGGAGCAGCAGCAAGACCAUCCCGGGGACCAGCCUUGAGCCUGGAGAAAAAAGCGGGCACCAAAACUGAAACCUGCCAGCCCUUCAACUCUGGCUUCAGUGACCAGAGAAGCUCAGAGAAAUCGGACAGGCUCGCUAUGGAAAGGCCGUACCGGCAGCUCUUGGUGUCCCUGAAACGUCCCAAGACUAACAAUGAUGGUCAACAACAAGUCAGGCAGCAGAACUGAAGAGCAACCUCCUGGCACCUCCUCCUGCACACUGCCACCAGUGGAGGAGUCAAGGGUGCAUGAGUACAUCCUAUAAAACAGAGGAGGGGACAUGCUGGUGGAAGAGCAAGGCCAAGAGGCCUUCUGAGCAAUGUAUUGCCUCCCCAGCACUUUUCAGAUUCUAGAUGGAAGCAGGAGCAGCUGCAGGACCAGCACCAGGGCCAGCAUCAAGCCUGCACAAUGGGAGACAGCAGAGCAGAAACCUGCCAGCACCUCAAUGCUGCUGUCGUUUUUAUGGAUCAUUGUUGACGUACCAAGAGAGAACUGAAUCUCUGCCCUAAAAUCAUCAUUUUUAUCAUACUAUUUCAGUUUGAGGUCUUUCAAAUUUCUGAAAAGAUAGUUUAAUAAAAGUCACGCUAGUCUUCAGACAACUGCUGUCCUUCUUUCUUGGCUUUUAGCAAUAAGAGCAAGCUCUCUCUAGGAAGAACAGCUUCAGAGCAGGUUAGACUGCA